GGGAUUUGGGCCAAGGUCAUUUCAGGUGUAGUUCUGCCGAUCUCCAAUAUCUUCAUCUGGGGAUUUUUCACGUUGUCAUGGGAACAAAUGUUUUCCUAUUUGUUCCAAAUAUUUUGGGUUACAUACGAAUCGUACUUCUGCUUCUGGCGUGUUGUUUUAUGAAGAAUAAUUGUGAAAUAACACUUCUGACGUAUAUCAUUUCAUGUUUACUAGAUGCCGUAGAUGGUCAUGCUGCGCGUUCAUUAAAUCAAAGUACCAAGUUUGGUGCAAUGCUUGAUAUGAUUGUUGAUCGAUGCUCAACGAUGUGCCUGUUAGGGUGUUUGAUAUAUUUCUAUCCUUCUUAUAUGUUUUUCUUCCAACUCAGUAUGGUCAUAGACAUAGCUAGUCACUGGUUGCAUUUACACAGUUCUAUUUUAUCAGGGAGUUCGAGCCAUAAGGUUAUAGAUCUAAAGAGUAAUCCAUUCCUCCGAUUGUACUAUACAAACAAGGUUGUUUUGUUUUUGAUGUGUGCCGGGAAUGAGCUAUUCUACACAAUGCUUUACAUAGCUCACUUUUAUCCCGGACCAAAAUUAUUUUCUUUGGAUUAUCAAAUGUGUUGGCUUGUGUAACAGCACCAAUCGCAAUUUUAAAAAUGUCCAUUAGCCUGAUCCAACUUCAUGCAGCUUGUGUGAAUAUGGUUUCAGUAGAUAAAAAGAAAGAGCUCAGAUUCAGUCGAAGUAAUUAACAAAAAUCUAAUGGCCAUGUUCAACGAAGAUAAGGCCAACAACACUGAAAUACCAAUGAUAAUAAUAGUAAUUAUAAUGAUCUGAUCACAUUAUAAACUCUAUGUUUUGAUGAAUAUUUAUCAUUCCAGUUCGUAUCCUUCCUGUAUCAUUCAAUAUUUAGACUAAUCCAAGUAAAUUUCAUAGUAUUUUAUGUUGUACUAUAAGUCUCUUGUGAUAUUUAUCUAAUGAUGCUGUAUGGAAAUGCUGAUUCUGUUCUAUAAGUGGUCAAUUUAACAAAGCUUUCAAUUAUUAUUCUUGUUAUUAAUGUCACCAAGACUUAUUUUUAUUUCCCAGUAAAAGGCUCUAUACUGUUUUGUUUUGUUGUUGUACUUCAUUUUCUUUUUACUUAUUCAUUGCGUAUUUGAUUUGCGUUUCUCCGAGUUAUUCACUCCAUUGUCAUAUGUAGUCUAUUUUUUCAUUUUUCAUAAAUCAUUCAUGCAGUGGGUGCUUUUAACAUUUAUCUAAUUCUAGCUUGUCAUUUCUUUGAUCUCAUAAUAAAUAUACUGAGGUAUUAAAA